CGGGCAGCAACGCGUGUCAUAGAGCAGAGCUUCGAUUCGUCCUGUCUGUCUGUCAUCACCUUCUGCAGCGCUCUGAGCCGCAGCUCUAUUUUCUCGGGGGUGCGGAAAGUGCUGGCUUGUCGUACUCGACGCGGUUUUUUCACGGUUCUGUACAGGUUCGUUUUCUUUACGAAUUAGUUCUUUUUUUAUUUUGGUGUGCUAGUGUUUCGAGUGUGUUUUCGGUUGAGCGCCCGGUUGGUUACGGUUUCGGGGAGAGGGGAACAUUUGAGACCGAUGUAUCCACGUGAUAGUUUUCACACGUUUUUGUUAAUAGAAGUAGGACACCUUUCAAACAAAAGCAGUGAAGAAUCGCUAGUAUGCGCCCUAUAAACGUCCGACCUCUGCGCAGAGAGGUGCGCCCACGCAGGGCGCACAGAGCGCUCGCUGCGCCACGGGCGCGUUGUUGUGGGAAGUGAUGUCAACUGCCAGAAGGCUCGUCUUAAGCUUGAGGGGAAGAAAACAAUCGCAGGAUAGUACCCAGGGACAUCUUGUAGGAGGUACGGGAUAUCCAGGGGCAGCCAGUGCAAGUGGCAACCACGAACUAGACGAAAUCGCUGUUGUUUCUAGCAGCGCCGAUCCACUUCACCUCAAAUAUGGUGGAGAGUUAGCUGGUUAUCAGCAGGUCAAUUGUAAUGGACCCAGACUUGUACCAGGUAUUAUUACUUCGGGGGGAUGCAUGGUGGGGUGAGCGGCUUAGGGGAAGUGGCGGAGGGCUCGACAUGGCCCUCAGUCCCCCAUCUCGGCCCACCGCUCAUAAAAACAGCCAGGAAAGUGUCAAUAGAGUACUUAAGAGUGUCAGCAAGCAAAGUCUGUUGAAUUUAGUAGGCUGUAAGCUUGGAAUGAACAAGUGCGGACCCUCCGAGCGUAGCAGCUUUCAUCAGGAAGGCUUUUUCUCGUCGUCACGCGACAGUUUACCUGCCGCUUACGUCAACAGAGCUGCCAAUGUUAGCUCGGCCAGCGAGCUAGAUCUUUCUAGAAAACAUAGAAGAAAAGACUUAAGGAGCCGUUUAAAGCUUCCAACUAGCGUUACCCUCGCCAGUUCAGGCGAAGGACCUCUAUUAGGAGGUUGGCGGACAGGGCCAGGUUCCACUGCCGGCACUAACCCCCCUUCCACUAACCAUUUAAGUAGCAGUAGCUGCAAUGGAACUGAAAGUAGAUACGGCUUUCGUCGUGUAGAUUCCUAUUCCGGUCGUCUACGUGGAGGUCCUACAGGGUGGUCCUUCGUGUUUGAUCCAGCUGGUAGACUUUGUUACUAUUGGUCAAUGAUAGUAUCCCUAGCAUGCCUAUACAACCUUUGGGUGAUCAUUUAUAGGUUUGCUUUUAGGGAAAUUGAUUCUAACACGAUAUUAGUGUGGUUUUGUCUGGACUAUUUCGCGGACUUUUUAUAUCUAAUGGACAUUUUAGUGCAUUUUCGUACCGGUUAUUUGGAGGACGGUGUCCUACAAACGGACGCAGUUAAAUUACGGCAACAUUAUAUGAACUCAACAACAUUUUACAUCGACUGCUUAUGCCUGCUACCACUGGAUUUUUUAUAUCUUUCCAUUGGUUUCAAUUCGAUUCUUAGGCUGUCUAGAUUGAUUAAAUUGUACAGAUUCUGGGCUUUUAUGGAUCGAACUGAAAGGCACACUAACUAUCCGAAUUUUGUAAGAUCUUCCUACCUUAUUCAUACCCUUCUGGUGGUCUUUCACUGGAAUGGCUGCGUGUUUCAUUUAGUUUUAAAAAAUGAUGGUUUUGGCAGCAAAAACUGGGUUUAUAGUGAAAACACAUCUGGUGAAGGUACUGAUCACGUAAAGGCUUACCUACAAAGUUAUUACUGGUGUACUCUUGCAUUAACGACCAUAGGAGACUUACCGAGACCUAGAAGCAAACCGGAAUAUAUUUUUGUAAUAUUUCAGCUUCUUUUCGGCCUUUUACUUUUCGCCAGCGUGAUGGGCCACGUGGCCAAUAUUGUAACAUCAGUAUCGGCAGCCAGAAAGGAAUUUCAGGCUAAACUCGACGGAGUUAAAACUUACAUGCGUAUGCGUCGAGUACCUUCACACCUUCAAGUAAAAGUUAUCAAAUGGUUCGACUACUUAUGGCUAACGCAAAAAUGCUCUGAUGAAGAAAAAGCGGUGUCCUGUCUGCCGGAUAAGCUGAAGGCCGAAAUAGCCAUUAACGUUCACCUGGAUACUCUCAAGAGAGUGGAAAUAUUUCAAAACACCGAGGCUGGGUUCUUAUGUGAAUUGGUGUUAAAAUUAAGGCCGGUCCUAUUUAGUCCUGGAGAUUAUAUUUGUAGAAAGGGUGAAGUAGGUAAAGAAAUGUACAUAGUAAACAGAGGUAGACUGCAAGUGGUUGCGGACAACGGGCGGCAAGUCUUAGCUACCCUUAAGGCCGGUAGCUAUUUUGGUGAAAUUUCCAUAUUGAAUAUGGGCACAGCAGGUAAAUGGUUGGGAAAUAGGAGGACAGCUAGUGUAAGAUCAGUAGGUUACAGUGAUCUGUUUGUAUUAAGCAAAAAGGACAUGUGGGAUGUGUUAAAAGAGUAUCCAGCUGCCAGGGUGCGCUUAGAGGCUAUAGCGGUUAAACGAUUAGAGAAAUACAAAAGAGCACCGCUAGAAAAAGCGGCUAUGGGUCGAAGUCAAUCAACCCCAGGACUAGUAGAAUCACGUGGUAAAGUGACUUUGGAAGAUAUGUGGAUUCCUCCGAUAUCUUUAGUAGGUCCGCUUCCCAUCUUUAGCAGACCUCAGGGCACCAUCUCUCCCCCUCAGAGCAUACAACCCGUACAGACUCCGGACAGCCCUGGUGGUUCGACUAGUAGCGACAAAAGUCGUCAGAGCCGACAAAGUCGACAUCAGAGUUCACAUGCGAGAUCAGGUACUACGAUUAAUGGAGGAGAGAGUAUGACUCAGCUGAUGUCAGGAAGAACAACUCCUCAUGAGACUGCGUCACAUGAAAUCCUAGAGCAGGAAAUUAAAAGACUUAGGGAGCGACUUCAGAUGGUGGAAUCAGAAAAUGCCGCAAUGAGUCUGAAGCUGAGUCAGCAACAAUGGGAACUAGAACACAGAUUGGCUGAAAUAGAAAUGCAAAUAUGUGGAUCUCCGACUACCUCUUCCCUGGACGAAGAAGACGAACUGGAUAAAAAUCGGGAAAGCAUCAUUUAACGCAUAGGGCCGCCGUCACACCACCACGACCAAUGGGACCACGCCGUUGGACAUCAUCCGUCGAACUUCCUGGUCCAGUUCGUGGCGUGACGGCAGCGGGAGUGCGGAAAGUGGACAUUUUGCGUGCAUCUACAGAUUUCUUUAUUUUAGUAGUACAGCUGAUUGAUUUUCAAAUAAUUUCUUGCUUCUAUUAUAUGAAUUUGAUAAUUUAACAGUUCAACACUAUCAAUUAGUUUAAAUACGAACAUAAACAAAUUCAAGUUUUAUUUAUUUUUUACGGAUUACAUUGGCACAAAAGGGCAAACUCUAUGGUACUCUAGUACCACAAGUAGCACCAGUGCUAUGAAAGUGUCUAUGAAUAUUUUUCUUUAAAUUCUGCAAAUUGUAAUAUUCGGGAAAGACGUGCUUUGGGAAUUGAUCCCACAGACUUGCACUUCUCCGUAAAAAGUCCCGAUACAGCGACGUUCUAGGCGACGCGACGGCUGAUGUACUCGAUAUUCAAGAAUCGCAUCUGCCUGUCGAGUAGAUCUUGCACUAGAGCUAUAUCUAGGAUGAAUGAUACGAGCCAGUUCGGAAAAGCAUCUACCGUGAUGGUAUGAAUAAAAGGAACUUCCUUCUAUGCUUCAACCUGUUCAAGCUUCGUGUGAUCUCUGUAUCUACUACAAGACGUAUUUACUUUUCUGGAUGGGAUCAAGAAGGCUCAAAGUGUGCUUGAGUGCAGAGUUCUAUAUGUGAGAGCAAUAAUCAAGAGAUGGAUGAAUCUGAGCCUUGUAAAGCAUUAAAAGCUCUUGCGGUUUAUACAGCCGUUUCGUUUCAAAAAGAGCCCCAAGUUUUUGAGAAUCCGCUUUAGCUACUCCCGAUACAUGAUCAUGCAAAGAUAUAUUUCUUCCAACUUCACAUUUAACAAAACAACUGAAGAAGACAGUGGCAAAGUAAGUCCAGAUAUAAUAAGGCUUGGGGCAGCAGAGGCAACCUUCUUUGUAAAUACAGCAGCCUCUCGUCCUACACCAAUAUAAUGAUAAGGUCGGCAUUAAUGGGUGUUACCUGGCGAUGCCUAUGACACUGGGUGUCGGCUUAAGUCAUCUGAUUGGGCGACUUAAAGAAAGACACCCAUGUACUGUUAUCAGCAAGUCAAAGAUCGGUUCUCAAGGAAGAUUCCAAGCCAAGCAACGAGAGUUGGUGGCAAACCAUAAGAAUGCAGUUUGUUUAAGAGGUUUUUAUGCCAGAUCCUAUCGAAUGCUUUUGAAAUAUCUGGAGCUAUUGCACGAGAUUCGUCAUAUUUCUCGUUAGCCUCAAACCAAACAUGCGUGGCAUAGGCCAACAGAUUGCCAGUAGACCUGUGUUUUCGAAAACCAUACUGACGGUCGCUAAUAAUGUUGGUGGGCUCCAGAUGUUUAUUUUUAUCCAGAUUAUUAUUUUUCUGGCUGACAAAUUUUUUCAUUGCCUUGGUGAUUUCCGGGACUAACGCAAUCGGACGGUAAUUGAUGGGCACCACCUUUAAGGAAGAGACCUCUUCUCUAUGAAAUAGAAAACAAUUUGCCUAAUGGUGUGAGCAUGUGGCCUUAUUAAUGUUCAAGCCUUUGAGAACUUUUUUAGGAUAUCUGUGACCAAAGAUUUCUUUGCAAAGUCAAUGGUGUUUUGCCUUGUCGAACUACGGAAGAAUUUGAUGCGAUUAUCUGACCAGCAAGUCUGCCUUUUCCAUUGUGGUCAUUGCAAUAGAACAAUCUUUCCUUAACAAUGGCAAAAUUUUUGAUCUACAAAAAUCUUGACCAAGUGCUUUUGCUACAGACCAGAAUGAUCUUGAUCCAUUUUAGCAAUUGAGAAGUUUGUUUUUCACUCUCUCAUAUAUUUUUCUUGCAGGUAUCGAUCAUCUAAAUGCACGCAUUUCUCAAGGCACCAAAGUUGACAUGAUCUGCAAGCCUUGGGUCUUAGCGCCAUUUGCAAUAGGCAGCAUUUUUCUUGUUUGUUGCCUUGAUGCAACUUUUAUCGAAUUACGGUUUGCUGUCUAAAGAGCUUUUCAAAGUUAUGUCGGAAAUGUCCCUCAUGUUGCGGUCAUUAAUUUGUGAUUUAAUAUACCUAGUGAUGUAUGUAAGCUAAUAUUGUAAGGAUCAGGAUCUGCAGUGAGAAACAGAUCCAGGAGGCUAGCAAAAUCUCCCUAUAGGCUCCCUUAUAGGCUGCGUUAGGUUGUGAUUAAAUGCAAAAAAUUCUCAAUCCAGAAUACGUCAACCAAUUGACAUUGUGAACGCAAUAACAAAUUUUGCACUUGGAUGGUUUGCUUGCAAAUCGUUGAUUUUAUCAGCAAGGUCGGUACAAUGCUUUUUGUAGUGUCUAUCGCAGGGUGGUAUGUAGAGGACGCAAAAAUACCUUGAUUUUUAGUUGUUAUUUUGAACCACAAAACAUCGAACCCUGGGGGUUCCAGAGCUUCUUCCGCUGGCAAGAUAUGUCGCUUUUAAUGAAGACGGUUAGUCUAAAGUUGUACCCAAAUCGGUGUCCAGGAUAUAACAUAUGUACCGUGGUUGGUUCCGAAAUUACUUUCGUCUAGGCUAGACUUAAAAUGUGAGGUCUGUUUGUUUACACUUGUUCAUACACGGCAUUUAUGUUCAUGUUCAGACCUCUUAUAUUACAUAGAUCCUCUCUUAUAUAUUUCACGUUUGAUGGUCCUUUCAGAUCAGCCUCUACUCAGAGAUUUGAACAACAGGCUAGUUUAACUCCACAAUAUUUUAAUCCAAGAAGGGACAUUACGUUUUUUUUCCUUCUUCACCCUGGAAACCGGAUUAAUCGGCAUAACAUUACACGUCUACCACUUUAUUGAAUAAAUUAUUUCGUAGGAAGUGUCGCAACGUCCAAAGGGGUUUUAAAUAUAAGGUACAAUCAUAUUAGUUAAGUUUGUUGGUCAUUGUGAAAAAGCCGUGAGGGCUGGCGGAUUUCAGGUUGUGUCACGUGAAGUAUUCACUAUGCAAAAAUACAUUUUGCAGCAGCCAGUGCAAGCGGAGAAUCCGUUAAGCAUUGCAGUUCUCUCUUUAACUUAGAGAAAAAGAACUUUGUAUUUCGGUACCCAUGAAAGAAAUUGACCAGUUAUAUAAAUGAAAGUUGUGUAACAUCUCCACUGUAAUAUCUUCAAAUAUUUCUCUUAAAAUCUUAAGGUACUCUUUUGUCAAUGCAAAGUAAGGAAAAAAAGCCACACAAUUUUUUUCUCUUUACGAAUAGUUAUUUAAAUACAAAAAACUAGUAGGUUAAUUCGUUACUUUUUUAUUAGUUUUAUUGAACUUUAUUGAUCACUUUUUCAUAAGCUUUGUCAAAAACUGCGUAGUUUUAAACACCAAAAAAUAAAUCAAACUAUUUUUUUUAAUUUACGUACUAGUUGCAUUAUCUAUAAUCAGCUAUACUACUAACAAAAAGUGAUAGUGUCCACAAAGACAUAAAUAAAACAAAUAUUUCCUACGACUGCCAUAUUUACAUUUAAACAAGAACUUUUAAAGAAUUUAUAAAUCGUGUCUUGGUGCGAAAGAGUAUUAUACAUAGAUAGUUUUUUAUGCCCUCUAAAUAUAGAUGUACAAGAUAUCUCACUUGUUGUACGCAUGUAAGUAUAAAAAAUUGUUAUGAAAAAUACGGGUAUCCUUUUAGUAAUUAUUUCAACAUAGUAAUUAUAUAUUUUUUGUCUUCCUAUGUGCCGCUUGUCUUUUUUGGCACUGCCUGUAUAUUUCUGUUUAUAUUGUCACCCUAUAUUUAAAUAUUAAAUGCAUAUGAAAUUUGAAAAUGGUGCUUUAAAAAUAUUUAUAAUAUGCGUUCCCCAAUUAUUAUUGUAUAUAUGAUAUGAAAUUGAACAUGAUGGUACUAUGAAAUAAUUGUAUAUUUUAGUGUAUAUAGUUGUUGUUUUACCAUUUUAAGACUAAAUAUCAAUUAAUUUUUAACAGUAUCGUAUAUCUUUUUUUAGGUACACUUGUACUGAUUGUAAUGCACAUAUGGACCAAGUAACGUUUAUAUUGUCCUAUUUGUAUAGGGCGCCGCAGUAAUUGUUUUUGCUCACACUAUAUUAUAGGGUGGCACUAAAAGACAUGUACGUAAAAACAUUUGAAUUAUGGUUUUGUACAGAUUCUUUUAGUAUCUCUCUAUUACCUUGAACUUAAUUCCAUUUUGCAGUAGAUUUUUUAAAUAAUUUUGUUUUCCAAUUUAUUUUUGGUGAGAAAUAAGAGAAAUCCUAUGACCAAAUAAAUUUUAAGAAAGCGAGAAAAAAAACUUUCUCCCACUGUACAUUCCUAGCUUCGUUCGCUGUACAUUAUUGGAUUUAAACAUGUUGUCACGUGUGAAAUUUGUAAAUUUUUUCUUUGUUAAUUAUCAAUUGAAAAUAAAGUCCUAUUUAUAUAUUAUACGAUUUUGACGUUGUGUUUUGUAUGGUUAAUUUAUUAAGAUUUUUAUGGUUGAUGUGUCAUAUCAAUAAUUAAUUAAUAAAAUAUACCUUUGUGCAAAAAUCUGUUUCUUCGGACAAAAUUAUAACGAUGUAAAUUUUUAAUCUUGUUUUUGCUUUGUGCCAAAUUUAAAUAAAAAAAAACUUUUGUCGUUGUUAUAUCUAAUUAUUAAAAUAUAAUUCCCCACUUAUUA